AAAAACUGUAAUAGACACUAAACGGACGUUAUGUAGUUCAGAGUUAAAACUGGAAAAAUUCAUAUUAGAAUUAUAGAUAACAUCCGGGUCACCAAACCGGGUUUCACGCUUCACUCGUAUUUCCGUUGUGUUGUGUUUCUGACACACUGCUGUCGAGGAGGAACAUGGCAGGCAAAGCAGCGAAACAGAGUCGAGCUCGAAAGGCGGAGAAGGAUGAUGAGGAGCAACCGCUGCAGGCCGUUCUCGUCGCAGACAGCUUCAACCGCAGGUUCUUCCCCAUCAGCAAAGACCAGCCUCGGGCUCUUCUUCCUCUGGCUAAUGUCUCCAUGAUUGACUACACGUUGGAGUUCCUGACCUCUACUGGAGUGCAAGAGACGUUCGUCUUCUGCUGCUGGAUGUCCAGCAAAAUAAAGGAACACUUACAGAAGUCCAAAUGGUGUCGCCCCACAUCUCCAAACGUGGUGCACGUGAUCACCUCUGACCUGUACCGCUCCCUCGGGGAUGUGUUGAGGGACGUGGACGCCAAAGCUCUCAUCCGCUCGGACUUUCUGCUGGUGUAUGGGGACGUGGUGUCCAACAUCGAUGUUUCCCAGGCUUUACAGGAACACAAACAGCGGCGCAAAAUGGAUAAGAACGUCUCGGUGAUGACCAUGAUCUUCAAAGAGUCUCCUCCUGGUCACAAGACUCGCUGUGAAGACGACGACAUCAUAGUUGCUAUAGACGGCAAGAGCAAGCGCAUUCUUCAUUACCAGAGAGCACAGGCUUUAAAGAGACUCCAGUUCCCCAUGAAUAUUUUCCAUAGUGGAAGUGAUGAGUUUGAGAUUAGGUUUGAUCUUCUGGAUUGUCAUAUUAGCAUCUGUUCUCCACAGGUUGCUGAGCUUUUCACAGACAACUUUGACUACCAGACAAGAAAUGACUUUGUGCGUGGGCUUCUGGUGAAUGAAGAGAUCCUGGGAAACCAGAUCCAUCUGCAUGUCACUAAAGAUGGAUAUGGGGCUCGAGUGUCGAACCUCCUCAUGUACGACACCGUCUCUUCAGACAUGAUCCGCCGCUGGAUCUAUCCCAUCACACCCGAGGCUAACUUCACAGACCAGGAAGGCCAGAGCUGUACUCAUUCUCGACAUAAUGUGUACCGAGAGCUGGGGGUCAGUCUGGGUCACGGCAGCCUGAUGGAGGAAAACGUGCUUAUUGGCCGAAAUACAGUGAUUGGAGCGAACUGCACCAUCUCAAACACUGUGAUCGGUGCAAACUGUGUCAUCGGAGACAAUGUGACUCUGGAUCGAGCUUACAUCUGGAACAGAGUCCACAUCGCCAACGACGUGAAGGUCAAGCAGUCGGUGAUCUGUGAUAAUGUGGAGGUGAAACACGGAGUCGUUUUGAACGAGCAGUGUGUGCUCGCCUACAACGUUGUGGUGGGUCCAGAUAUUACUCUUCAGGAAGGCACAGUUCUGUCCAUGCACCAUCCAGAUGAAGAGGAUGAUGAAGAUGAGGAUGAGUUCUUGAGCGAUGACGACGUUGGCUUCAGUAAAGACAAAACCAAACAGAAAGUGUUUAACCCUGCAGAGGUUGGUUCAGAAGGAAAAGGAUACAGAUGGAAGACCAGCAGUCUUGAUGACACAGAGGAAGAUGAGCUUGCUGAAUGCAUUUGGGGCCUGGCGCUGAAUCCCGACCCUGAGAGUGACAGUGAAAGUGAGGUCAGUGAGGGGUCACAUGACUUGGGAAGCCACCCGGCAUCACCUGAACUGGAUGAUGUCAAAGUGUUUCAGAAUGAGGUUCAUGGCACGUUACAGAGAGGGCUGGAUGAGAACAUAAGCUGUGACAAUCUGGUUCUUGAGAUCAACUCACUCAAGUACGCCUACAACAUUUCUCUGCAGGAGGUUAUGCAGAUCUUGAUUCGAGUUGUGCUGGAGUUUCCUUUCCAGCCGCAGGGAGCUCAGAUGAGCACGGCUCAGUAUUCAUCACACCUGCUUCCUUUGUUGAAGAAGUGGGCGCCAGUCUUCAAGAACUAUGUGAAGAGACCUCAAGACCAGCUGGACUGUCUUGCUUCCAUGGAGGAGGUUUUCCUUGAGCGGGAAGCUCAUUGGGCAGCUUUGGUCAAAGUGCUGAUGAGCAUGUACCAGCUGGAGAUCUUGGAGGAGGAAGGCAUCAUGCACUGGUUCAAACAGAGCUCCAGCACAGACAAGAGCCAGCAGCUCCGCAGGAAUCAAGGGCUCUUGAAGUUCAUCCAGUGGCUAGAGGAGGCUGAGGAGUCUUCAGAAGGAGACGAGUGAACAGAAACCAUCAUGUUUGACAGUCAUUUAUACACUUUACAAAAAAAAGAAAACACAUCUUGGUAUGUUUGUGGAAGAAAGGUUUAAUUCCUGACAAAUGGCAACCUGUGUAAGAUGUGGCGAUCGAUAUUUAUUCAGUUUUUCUUUUCUUGAUUUCUGUGUGGUUGUAACGCUUCAGUGGUUCAAACCAAAAAUGAAAAUUGAUUUAAAGGGUGCUGUAUGUUAAAUUGAAAGCUAGUGGUUGAAAUGGGAACUGCCGUCCAAAUUCAGAUGGCGAUCACGUGGGUUGCCAGAUUGAGGACUAUAGGAAUGAGCGCGGUUGACAAUGAACGGCGAUGAGCCUUAUACUGUAGAGUAGUUGAUUUAUUAUUCCCUUGACCAUGGAACUUAUUAAAUGGAUGCAGAGACUUUUUAUGUUGGUAGGAUCUGAGAUCUCGAGUCAGUCUGUUUGCAGGUUUCCAACUGGCAACCCUAGGUGUCAAAUACUAUUGGUUAAACUGGCAGUGGGCGGAGUCACACAGACCAAAACAAAAACAGACGUUCUGACACGGAACACACAUUUCAAAUUAGAACAGCUGCCUGUCCCAUUGUUUUCAGAGAACUUAACAUUUCCUAAAUAUCUGCAAACAUAGUAUGGUAUCUUUAUGAUGCAGUGCAGUCGAAAUAAUUACAUACAGCACCUUUAAUUUACCAUCAUGAUCCAAAUAUUCAUUUCUCCUUCAGAACACAAAAAUUAUAUUUGGAAAUACAAACAACAUUGGACCCGGUUUAAUUUUUUGGUUAAGGAAAUACUUUUAAAAAUAACAUUCUAUGAAUAUAUGUCCAUACUAAAGCAAGACCUGUUGCGGCCCUUUGAUGAGUUACAGAAGUUACUUGCUUAUGUCUGGUGUAAUUAUUCGGAGAUAACAUUUUAUAGUUUUUUUUUUUUGUGUGUGUGUGAACCUUGAUGACUGAGAGUCCACAACAGAAUUAAAGUCGACAUGAACACCCAA